GUGAGAAAGAGACUGUGUGGCAAUAGGGUGUAGACGAUGCGAGAGAGAGAGAAUAUGGGCAGUAGUUACACAGAUGUCAUUCAAGUGGUUUGCGUACACUCUGCCGUAUAAACGACUGUGACAUCAGAAUUUUUAACGAUGCAGCUUGGUCCUUCAAGUAUUUUGGGAUUAGUCAUCAUUUUCCCUCGCGUUUGUUGGUCUCGGUACGAAGCUCUCUCAGGUGAUCAAGUAUGGGAAUUACAAGGAGAGGUUGGACUUGUAUCAACAAUGCUCGGUAGCAAGGGACUCGUUGACAUAUUGGACGAAUCUGGACCCAGGAGGAUGAUUAGAGUCCGUGCUAAACACUCGGCAGAAGUCCUGUUGACGCUGCUUCAGAACAAUCUGUCCUACAAGAUUCUGGUUGAAGAUCUCGCCUCUUACCUGAAGGAGAAGGAAGGACAACCAAGAAGAAGAUCGUCAAACACUUGCUCCAGCUCAUCUUGCCCUCGGCCGUUGUCCGAUUCUUACAUGACCCUCGAUCAGAUUGAAUGGUACUUGAAAGAGCUCAACACGACACAUUCUUCCCGACUGAGCGUAACUUCCAUUGGCAAAUCGAUAGAAGGACGUGACAUUUGGCUGGUACACAUCAGACCACGAAGGUGCAGUGUGGGUGGCGCGGUUUGGAUAGAAGCGGUAUCCUAA